CCUGAAAUGUUUACAAAAGUCGAAGUGGUUAUCUGGAGUUUAGCAAAUCUGCUAGUGAUAUUAGUCUGGCAACCUAUACCCUGUGAUAGCGGGAGAUUCAAACGAAUCAUAGGUGGAGCUUCGGUUAACAUAACCAGUUUUCCUUAUCAGGUUGCGCUGCUGCUGGAAAAGAAAAGAUGUGCCGGUUCUGUGCUGAGUGAUCGAUGGAUUUUAACAGCUGCUCACUGUGUGAGGAAUCAGACAAAGGUGGCUAUUCGAGCAGGAUCGAAUCAUUUCUACAGUGAAGGCGUGUUGGUGGCCGUGCGGAAUAUUUUUAUGCAUCCCAUGCAGAAUGACUGGAGAAAUUUUGAUUUUUCACUUUUGGAACUUGCGGAACCGCUGGUUUUAAGUGAGAGUAUUCAACCGAUAGAGCUACCAACUCCGGGUCAAUGUUUCUCAGACGGAACAUUUUGCAAAGUAUCAGGCUGGGGCCAAACCGGAAAUGUAAAUGUGUCAAGAUAUUUCUUACGGGGCACUACUGUUGCAAUAUACAAUCAGGAAAAAUGUGCCUAUAACUACAGAUAUUUAGGAACAGUUAAGGAAAAUAUGCUAUGUGCGGGAUACGACCAAGGAGGAAAGGAUUCUUGCGCGGGUGAUUCCGGAGGACCUUUGGUGUGCAAUGGUGUACUGGCAGGAAUAGUAUCUUGGGGAGGAAAAUGUGCUGAAGCCGGCCAACCGGGUGUUUACGGUCGUGUAACCAGUGCCCUGAACUGGAUUACUGGGACUAUAAAUUCGGAAACCUUGCUAGGUUCGAGUCUCACACCACGUCCAUAAAGAGAACAGACACACACAUACAUAAAAAAGUGGUUCAGCAACUUGCCCAAGCGAUGUGUUGAUCUGGGAAUGGGCAUGUCUGCUGAUCCUUUGCUUGUCAUAUGUUUUUGUUUGGUUACGAGAAUUUUUUGUUCUGGAAUAAAGCGAACAAUAAUUAAAUUGUUCAAAAUAGUA